AUGAGUACCACAGAUCGCCCUGCAAAAGCAUACUCGUGCAUCAGGUGUUUUGAGCGCAAAGUCAAAUGCGACAAGCAAAAUCCUUGCUCGAAUUGCGUCAAGUCCAAAGUCGACUGUGUCUUCCGCAUCCCACCGGCACCUCGCCGGCGUAAGAAGAGGCCUCAAGAGGAGUUAUUGCUGGCCCGGCUGAAAAAAUGCGAGGAUCUCCUUAAAAGCAAGGGUAUCAGCAUUGAUAGCCCGGACAUUCCAGGCCCAUCAUCUACAUCCCCCACCGACACCGUUCCCGGUGCAUCACAUAACCUUCCAGACGCUGUUUUGAGAGGGAGUCAAGCCGAAUUCUACGCCUCGCCUGACACAACCGUCAAAUCGGGACAAUUGAUUGUCGAUCAUGGUAAAUCGCGCUUUAUUGAAAACAACCUGUGGACAAGCGUGUCCAGCGAAUUCCAACAACCCAACGACGUUAUCGCAGAGUAUUCAGAAGAUGAGGAUGAGAUCGGCUCCCCAGUCGAAGAGAGUACAGACUUUCUUCUCGGCUACACCCCAACAAGCAAUUCAAUCCAGCAAUUUCAUCCUUCGCCGGAUCACAUUUUUGUGCUUUGGCAGGUAUUUCUCGAGAACAUCAAUCCCAUGACCAAAGUCAUCCAUCAACCAACGCUUCAAGAGACCCUAGUCCAAGCUACGUCAAAUCUUGAUAACCUGCCCAAGGGCCUGGAAGCUUUGAUGUUCUCCAUCUACUGCUCGGCCGUGUUCUCGAUGGGUGAUGAUGAAUGCGAAAUGAAAUUUGGUGAAACUCGCAAGGUUCUCCUGGCCAGGUAUCGCCACGCGACCAGAAAAGCGCUGGGUAGAGCCAGAUUUAUGGGCACCUCAGAUCCCGUGGUCUUGCAGGCCUUUCUUUUUUACCUGCUCACAAUGCGAGAAGACUACGAUUCUCGAACCGUGUGGACUCUUUCGGGCGUGGCCAGUCGGGUGGGACAAGCGAUGGGAAUUCAUCGGGAUGGAACCCUUCUAGGAUUGCCCCCUUUCGAAACAGAAAUGCGACGGCGCUUGUGGUGGCAGAUUUCCAUCUUGGACUUUAGAUCGGCGGAACUCAGUGGGUCCGGCCGAUUUGGCGAAUUCAGUCUCUCAGACACUCAACUACCAAGCAAUGUCAAUGACGCCGAUAUUUAUCCGGGCAUGACAGAGCCACCGGUUUCGCAAACAAGGCCCACCGAAAUGGUAUCUUGCCUUCUCCGUGCCGAGUUUGGCCAUUUUUGGAAGGAAAAGCUCCUCAAGAGAUCGACCAUUGCCUUCGAGAAUCUACGAAUCUCAUCACCCUGGACCACUACCCUGGACGAGAGAGAUGCCAGCAUCAAUGAACUCGAGCAGCGGAUAGAAGAGAAGUUCUUGAGAUACUGUGAUCCUUCCAUCCCCAUACAAUUUCUCGCCGUCAUCAUUGGAAGAGCGGCCGUUCAUAGCAUGCGACUCAUGGCUCACCACCCACGGAAAUACAGCCAUCCUGACGAUGUUCCAGCUUCGGAGCGAGAGUAUCUCUGGCACCUUUCGGUCAAACUUCUCGAAUCUGACAACCUGGCCCAUUCAUCCAAGGGCUUACACAGGUUUAUGUGGCACUCCAAUGUGUACUUUCAAUGGCAAGCCUUCAUUUACAUCCUGAACCAACUGAAGACACACACGAUCGGGGAUGAAGUCGACAAGGCAUGGCAACAAGUCGAUGAGAUUUUUCACCAUCAUCCGAAGUUUGUUACAGAUAGUCGAAGGCCAUUGCAUGUGGCUGUGGGAAGUUUAUGUCUCAAGGCAUACGAUGCGAGAGAACGAGCACUUCGAGAAAAGACAAACGGCGUUUUCCCCAAAGUGGUGCCGGAGUAUAUCCAACUCCUUCGAGAGCAACGUCGAAAUGCUCUUGUGCAGCGGCCGUCGACGAAGCUUGAGGGAGAAUUGAUCAAGGAAAAUUUCGCUGCUGGAGAUUUGUCAGCCAGGCCAUGGCAGGAUAACCUUUCAACCCCAAGAACCUACGGCUCUCAAAUCUCCAACCAAGCUGCGGGAGGUCAGCUUCCCCUACCAACUGUUCCGCAACCUCCGAUGUCAGCCUUACCUGUUGACGCCAUCAUGGACGCCUCCGAUCCCAAUCUGGCGCAGGAUCUCGGUAUAACAGAUAUGCCGAUGGACUGGGCUCAGUGGGACUACAUGAUUCAGGAUUUUGACCUGUCGUCCAGAUGA